AUGUUGAAUCAAAAUCCCGGUUUGAAAGGCAUUGCAUAUAGCAUUACAGGAGGCGCUAUCAAAGCACAAGGGUACUGGAUGCCAUACGCUUGUGCCAAAGCAGUAUGCGCAACUUUCUGUUACCAGAUCGCUGGGGCACUAAUACCCCUGUUUGGCCCUGACUUCCCCUCAGAGUGCAUCUCGCCUGGCGAGCCACGAUACGGCAUCAUGAUCAUCAAGUCAGAGUUGAUAAGCGAUACAAUGAGAAAGGCACAAGAACUGUAUCAAAGAUACGGCAAUUGGGGAGGUGGCUGCACUUCCUCAUCCCCUGCCAGACGUCCACUUCGGACAGCCUCCACUGGGUCUCAAGAACGUCAUCACCACCAUCCUUACCAAGAGCACCGAGACCGCCAACAACAGCAACAACGGACGGUACGCUCUAGAAGAGGCCUCGCUGAAGAGAGCUCUUGCGUAGAUGCUAUACCGCAGCUGCGUGGUAUCUCGGCACCGAUGCCACCGGCUGGCGAGUGGACACCACCCCUGCUGCGGUCAAGUGCAGGCCGGCCUUGUCCUGUGAUGUCGAUAUCGACACACUCUUCUAUCUCAUACCCUGAAAGGGCGCCUCACCGUUCAGCAUGGACAGCGGUAAAUCGCCAGCCACCCAACAACUCCCUCGAUAGAUAUUCACUCAAGCGCCCACUUCCCUCCAAUGAGCCUGAUGAGUCGGUAUCGCAUUCGAACUGGCCAUCCUGUAGCCAAGCUCCCAACCCAUGGCUUACUGCCAUUCCACGCUCUCCUCGAAAAACAUCCUCCUCCCCAUGGGCUUCUCAACCAGGCAGCGCCAGCAGGAGUAGAGCUGGCAGUAUCAACAGCAUGGCCAGCCAACAUCCACAAGGAUUACCAUCCCCUUCUCUCAUACUAUCCUCACCAUCGUCAUCAAUGGUAUCACGUACAUCAUCUAACUCUCCCAGCCCAAAACCUCAGCUACCACCCAUCUCCCAACUCUGCUCAUUACCUGUACCUUCUGGUCGGCGGAGGCUUCCUAAUGGGAGGCCUUCCCGAGUAGGAAGUGAUGCGACUAGUAGCCAUUCUCGUCAAGACCACAACACUCGUGGCGCUUAUCAAUUUUCCGCCGGAUACCAAAGAGCACUCACUCCUCCCUCAUCAAGAUCGGCACCGAUGCACUGGAGGAGCCAAAGAAGGCCAGGCCUACAGGACCAGCAUGAGUAUGAGCACAUACUAAACACCCAGCCCAGGAGGAUAGCAGUAGAGGCAAACAUGGAAUGUGGCGACGAUAACGAAGGCCAUCUGCAUCUCCCACUACCACUACCUAGGUCUUCCUCCUCAACUUCCAUUGUGGCUGACAAAAACGCGAAUGACACUACAAGCGACAGCAGCAGCCGGGAUUUCAAUUGCGCUUCCAUUGGUAGUGGUCGUGAUGACGGCCAAACAAGUCUCGCGGCUCGCAAGACGGCGGCUUUGACACUCCUGCAUCUGAGACAGCAGGAAGAAGAGAAAGAAGCUGCUGCUGCUGCUGCUGCUGCUGCUGCUGCUUACUCCUCUACCAAACGACCAGAGUCACCUUCAUCUUCUCUUUCAUCACCCGUCUCUCCCCCGCCCACUUCUGGUCAACCGUCGCCUACGCUGUCGGCUGUGGUUACUACUACCAAUUCGAGAAGGGGUACUACGACUGCUACUGCAACUGCUGUUCCUGACACUACCGAGCCAUUGGCACCACCUCCCUCGCCAAGUAGUAAUUACCUGGGUUCACCCAUCUCCACUUCCAUUGCUUCUUCUUCUUCUUCUUUUUCUCCCUCUACAAGUUGUAAUGGUACUAGGGAGAACUCGGUCGUUGCAAACGAGAUGAUUAGGUAUGCUGGGCAAGAAGCUGUUGCUGGUGAUCCUCGUCACUGUGAUGGCGAUGCUGAUGAUGAGGAUGAUUAUGAGCACGAGCAACAACACAGAAGGAAGAGGAGACGGUUGUUGCUUGUUGGGAGGGCAAAGUCAUUCUGA